GGCACGUGUAAACAAGCUGCGGGUUGAAGGGUUAGAAGGAAGAUGGCGUCUCACCUCCUAUGGUUGCUUUGCUUGACCGUGGUGACUGCUAUGGUAUCAGGACAUACAGGGCAUCAUAGCUAUGAAAUAACGACUGAUAAAAUUCUGAGGUUCCUCCAUUCCUUGAGCGGAUACACGUCAUCAGAGAAACAGGUGACAGAAGAGAGAGAGAGAAAUUUUCUCCACCCCCACACGUUGCUUGAGGUGUUUUUUAUUCCCGUGGACGUCAAGCUUUUCAACCCGACCCCUACGUUGUAUUUUGAGGAGUUUAUCAACAAAGUGAGUCACCGACGUCAUAUUUUGACAGUGACUGAAGACAAGACCGGUCUGAUUCAUGUCACACCUUACAACAUCUCCGCUAAUAUCACCUUCCACAGGAAUGGUACCCUGGAUCUAGACGCUGUCUACAGACUUGGACCAAGUGAUCUGGAAUCCCAUCCCAACUGUGUGGCGAUCUACGAAGAGGUGGACACAAACAUUUUCCUGGGGACCUGGCCAGACUGCUACACCAGCCUUGACCUUCAUAACCCCAAGUUCACCAACCUGUGGACUUGUCACUUUGCUGCCUUUCUCGUGUCUCACGCGGACGCGAAAGAGGGCGCUAAUCCCGCUCCAUUCAAGGGCAGCACGGCGAAAAUCAAGCUACUGCCUUACAUGAUGAACGGACGAAACCAUUUCGACACAUCGUGUGGGCCUACACCCCCUGAAAGAAUAGUGGAAUGGCCGUCUGAAUAAAGAGCAGAUAUUAAUUCUUUAUUCUAUGUAUUGUCCUGCUUUUCAUAUUCAACAUUACGUUGAAAUAAAAGCGAUAUUUAAAGUAAAUCAGAACAAG